AUGUCUUCACCUCCGGCCUUGACAGGAGGACUCCGAGGGAGCUCGUCGGCUGCGGAAGCAUUUUAUAAAGGAAAGCUGGACCUUUCAGCCUUCCAUCAAUGCUUCCCUUCGCUCCAGGCAUCCUGCUAUCCUGUGUACUCGAAGCUAGACGGAACUGCCUUUUCGGAGAGCCGAGAGAGCACUGGAGCUCCGAGAACGUUAAUAUUCCUUCUUCAGGGCAGUGCAGCUGGUUCCGUGGACAUUACUUUCGGCUGUCCCUCGCUGCAUGCCUCUGAAUGGUCCUCUAGGAUGGACCGCACCGAGUCUAUCUCAUCGCGGCGAUUGUGCUUGGUCGCUGGCGCCGGCAUCGUGUCUCGUGUGUUGGUGCCCUGUCAUGUGAAAAGCACCGUAGCCCUGCAAGUGGGAGACAUGAGAACCUCCCAAGGUCGGCCUGGCAUGCUGGUCGUCGAUGUCACCUUUCCCAACGUCGCGCCUUUCGAGUUGCAGGAGAUCAUGUUUAAGAAUUACUACACAGCUUUCUUGAGCAUCCGUGUUCAUCAACAUACCCCACUGCACACACCAUCCAAGUGGGUAACUUGUCUGCGGGACUACUGUUUGAUGCCUGACCCACACAGUGAGGAAGGAGCCCAGGAGUAUGCAUCACUGUUCAAACACCAGAUGCUGUGUGACAUGACCAGAGUACUGGAGCUGCAUCUGAUUCGGCGGCAGCCAUCAACACUAUGGCUGUCUUUCACAGUGGAGGAAGUGCAAAUCUACCAGCAGGGACCAAAGAGACCCUCCUUGACUUUCCCCAAGUGGCUUUCCCACCUGGUGUCCAAUGAGCAGCCUGUUCCCCGCCUUGAGGGUCUCCCAGAUCCCAGAGUAUCCUCUGAGGUGCAGCAGAUGUGGGCACUGACAGAGAUGAUUCGGGCUAGUCACAGUUCCACAAGGAUGGGCCGCUUUGAUAGGGAUGUCUGUGAUGAUCUGAAUCUGCUCUCCUACACAUGA